AUGGUUGAUGUAGCCGAUAAAUUGGCAUAUUUUCAAGCGAUCACGGGCCUCGAAGAUCCCGAUUUGUGUACGGAGAUCCUUCAGGCCCAUGGUUGGGACCUCGAACUCGCCAUCUCUUCUUUCACCUCCGCCAAUCAAAACUCCGCUUCAACUGCUAACUCUGACUCAGAGCCUCGCGAAUCACUUAACCGGACCGAAUCCGCCUCCGGUUCUGGUCUCGUUGCCGCUCCCUCCCCCGGUUUAGCGUGGAAACUCAUUACAUUACCGAUCUCCGUGAUAUCCGGUAGUAUAGGUUUAAUUUCGGGCGCUGUUGGGCUUGGCUUAUGGGCAGCGGGCGGAGUUCUUUCGUAUUCCCUUGGGAUGAUCGGGCUGGGAUCGGGGCGGGGCGGGGAAUCAUCGGCACGAUUAGUGUCGGUCUCAGCUGCGGCUUCUGAAGCGAUGGAUUUCGUGGCGGCUUUUGAGAGAGAGUACGGAACGAGGCGGCCGAAUUUUGUCGGCGAGGGUUUCAUGGACGCGUUGCAGAGGUCGAGGAACGCGUUUAAGCUGUUGUUUGUGUAUUUGCACUCGCCGGAGCAUCCGGAUUCGCCUGUAUUCUGCGAACAGACGUUGUGUUCGGAGGCCGUGGGGUCCUUUGUGAAUGAGAAUUUCGUGGCGUGGGGCGGGAGCAUUAGGGCUAGUGAAGGUUUCAAGAUGAGUAAUAGCUUUAAAGCCUCCAGGUUCCCGUUUUGUGCCGUGGUUAUGCCCGCUACUAAUCAGAGGAUCGCGCUUCUUCAACAGGUUGAGGGACCAAAAUCUCCUGAAGAAAUGCUCAUGAUGCUACAGAGAGUGCUUGAAGAAAGUGCCCCUGUCCUUGUUGCAGCAAGGUUGGAUGCAGAAGAGAGAAGAAACAACAUGCGCUUAAGGGAGGAGCAAGAUGCUGCUUACCAAGCAGCACUUGAAGCUGAUCAAGCUAGGGAACGGCAGAGGAGAGAGGAGCAAGAACGUCUGGAAAGGGAAGCUGCAGAAGCUGAGCUGAAACGUAAGGAAGAAGAAGAGGCUCGUGAAAGAGCAGCACGUGAAGCUGCUGAAAAAGAGGCAGCCCGAGCUAGAAUGCAGCAAGAGAAAGCCUUGUCAAUUGGUGAUGAACCUGAGAAAGGACCAAAUGUUACACAAGUUUUGGUACGCUUUCCUACUGGUGAACGCAAAGAAAGGAGGUUUCACUGUACGGUGACAAUCCAAUCACUUUAUGACUAUGUUGAUUCUUUGGGUUGCUUAGAAGUUGAGGAUUACAGCCUUGUGUCCAACUUCCCUCGAGUUGCUUAUGGUCCAGAGAAGCGCUCUUUGUCAUUGAAAGAGGCAGGAUUACAUCCUCAGGCCAGCCUUUUUGUGGAGCUAAACUAGUCUGAAGAAGUUGAUAGUGUCAAGUUGUAUGAUGAAUGGUAGUUUCAAAGACUCCUACAAGUAGAGUACAUAUUUUCUAAUGUUUCUUUCUCCUUUCAACAUAAUUAGCAAUGAUAAAUUGAGACAAAGAUAGCUCCGUGACUUUGGAUA